CUGGACAUUUAUUACACAUUCCGCUCAAAUGUUAAAUUGAACCGGAAGUACAUUGAUCCAGGAGUCAGACGGACAAAAACACUGAAAAGAUGUCGCCGCCGUCCCACUUCAACUUCACUGACGCCAUAGAGAAAUUUACGGCUGCCACCAAAAGUGCAGUGGAUAUCAGAAACUGUAAACCUCUGACCAGCGCGUUCAGUCAUCUGCCCGGAAAUGAAACCGAGAAGAAAACCACUCUUGAUCAAGCUCUCAGAGGAGUCCUCGAAGAACAGAUAGUCAAGCAGAAAGUGAAUGUUGAGGAUUUUCUUUCUUUGAUCUACAUCAGUAUAGAUGGUGUGACUGAAGGCAUCUGCUCGGCCACCAUUCCCUUUCUUCUUCUGGGAGAUGUUCUCGACUGUCUCCCUCUGGAUCAGUGUGAUAAAAUCUUCACAUUUGUUGAAGAAAAUGUUUCUACGUGGAAGUCUAAUACUUUUUACUCCGCCGGCAAAAAUUACUUGUUAAGAAUGUGUAAUGAUCUCCUCAGAAGACUCUCCAAAUCUCAGAAUACAGUGUUUUGUGGACGAAUUCAGCUGUUUUUAGCACGUCUCUUCCCUUUAUCAGAAAAAUCUGGACUGAACCUACAGAGUCAGUUCAACCUUGAUAACAUCACAGUGUUCAACAAAAAUGAACAGGAGAGCACACUUGGACUGCAGCACUCAGAAGUGAAGGAGGAAGGGAUGGAGGUGGAGGAGGGGGAGAUGGGUGAUGAAGAUGCACCAACUUCCUGCUCUAUUCCCAUCGACUACAACCUUUACAGAAAGUUCUGGACCCUGCAGGACUACUUCAGAAACCCCAUACAAUGCUACGACAAGUUCUUAUGGAUGACUUUCCUCAAGUUUUCUGACGAAACACUAGCGGUGUUCAAGAGUUAUAAACUGGACGACAUGCAGGCAUCUAAGAGAAAGCUGGAGAAAAUGAGGACUGCUGCUGGAGACCACGUCUACUUUGCAAAGUUUCUCACCAGUGAGAAAUUGAUGGAUCUUCAGUUAAGUGACAGCAACUUCAGACGACACAUUCUGCUUCAAUACCUCAUCCUGUUCCAGUACCUGAAGGGCCAAGUCAAGUUCAAGAGUUCCAGUUGUGUUUUAAAUGAUGAUCAGUCUUCAUGGGUUGAGGACACAACCAAACUUGUCUAUCAGUUACUGAGAGAAACCCCUCCAGAUGGUGACAAGUUUGCAUCUAUGGUUGAGAACAUCCUGAACACAGAAGAGAACUGGAACACAUGGAAAAAUGAAGGCUGCCCAAGCUUUGUGAAAGAAAGACCAGCAGAGACCAAACCCAUCCGCCCCAGCAGAAAGAGACCAGCACCAGAGGACUUUUUGGGGAAGGGCCCUGAUCGAAAGAUCCUCAUGGGAAAUGAAGAGCUCACAAGGCUCUGGAAUCUUAAUCCUGACAACAUGGAGGCCUGCAAGUCAGACAGCAGGGAGUUCAUGCCAUCACUGGAAGAUUUUUUCGAAGAGGCCAUUGAACAGGCUGAUCCUGCAAACAUGGUGGAGGAUGAGUACAAAGUCGUGUGUAACUCAAACUAUGGCUGGCGAGCCCUGAGGCUGUUGUCCCGGCGGAGCCCCCAUUUCUUCCAGCCCACCAACCAGCUGUUCAAAAGUCUGGCCGACUAUCUGGAAAACAUGGUCAUCAAACUGGCCAAAGAGCUUCCUAAAGACCUUCCAUCUGAGGAGAUAAAAACAGGAGAGGAAGAUGAUGAUGAGAAUGGUGAUAACCUGCUGAAAGAGAGCAAUGACAGUCCCAGCAUUCAGAGCAAGACAGUGACUAACAGUCAGAUGGAUGAGAUCGCUGCAAAACUCGGAGCUCAGUGGAAGACGCUGGCGGACCAUCUGGAGAUGACCGAGAAAGAGAUCCGUGUGAUAGAGUCAGACAGCGAGGACGUGGAGCUGCAGGCAAAGAUGCUCCUUGUGGCCUGGCAGGACCGAGAAGGCUCCCAAGCUACAAUGGAGAGCCUGGUCACGGCCCUCAAUGCGGCUGGGUUCCGCAAAAUUGCAGACUGUCUUAACGAAACAUAACUCCACACUAAUUCCAUAGCACCCCUUCCUUUAUUUCAUCUCUCUUUUAUUGGUCAGUUUUAAAAAAAAAUGUGAUGUUGUUUACUGUACUUAAGAGCGUAUUCUUAAUGACUUUUGAAAUAAAUGUCCAUACUA